AUGCUCGAAAUGCUAGGUGUGGCUAAAGAUGCGUCACAGCAGGACAUCCGCGCUGCGUACAAGAAGCUCGCCAGGCGAUGGCACCCGGACAAGAACCAGGGCGCAAAGGCAGCGCAUGAGCGGUUCCUGUCAGUGCAAGCGGCAUAUGAGAUGGUGGGGGAGGAGGAGGCGCGGAGGAGGUUCGACCGCUACGGCGCUGAUGAGGACGGUCACAGCGGCGGGGGUCAGUACCAGAGGCAGCAGCGCUAUCAGCAUCAUCAUGCCUACUCCGACUCAUUCUUCUCGCACUGGGGACAGCAGCAGAGUGACGACCUCAUGCCGUCGGCCACUAAGACGCUGACAGCUGUCAACUUUGGGCAGCAGGUGCUGGGCGGCGGGGACGCGUGGCUCAUCCAGAUCUUCUCCAUCUAUUCGCCGCAGUCGCGCGCCUUUGCCCCGCACUGGGAGAAGCUGGCAUCGGAAUUCGAAGGUGUGGUGCGGUUUGGCAGGGUGGAGGUAUCGGAGCAGCGGCGACUGGCAUCGGUUCUCGCCAACCACAAGUGCUUCCGCUCCUCCUUCGGCUUUGGAUCCGGCUUCCCAGCCUUUGUAGCCUUCACUCCAUCCUGUCGGGACAUUGUGUGCUGCUCGUCCGUGUGGGCCUCUGCAACCCCGUCCUCUCUGCGCUCCUUCCUCACUGACUCGCUCCUCCUCCUGCCUUACCUCCCAGCCGUCUCCCCAUCCCUCCUAGAGUCCCUACCUCUCCGCCUCUCCUUCCAAAAGCCGGUCAUAGUGGCUGCAGUUCCAGUCGACUCCUCCUCCUCCCCUUCCUCAUCCUCAGCAGCGGCAGCUCUGCUCCUCCAGAUGCGGGUAGCAGCAGCAGACCCGCAGUGGCGCUCCUCCCUGCACUUCUCCUCUGUCGCCCUCCACCCACACCACCUCGGCGCGCUCGCCCCUCGCCUGGGUCUGCGUCGCCUGCCCUGUCUGCUCAUCUUCAAGGACCCGCUCAGAGAACCCCUCGUUGCCACCGUGCUCAUUGGCCAUUCGGCGGACCUCGCCCUCUCCAACUCCUCUUCGUUCGCCUCCUCCCUUUCGGAGAUCCGCAAGCUGAAGCGAAUUCUCGACAACCCGCCAUCCUCUGCCUCCUCGUCCCCUUACACUGCCUUCUCCUCCCACCGCCUAUUCCUCUCUUGGCUUGAUGCCUCUCAGCAGCCAGCUAUAUUCUCUCCCCUUCUCCGCGUCCUUCCAUCUCCCCUCUCACGUCUCUCCUCCUCAAUCCUCCGAUACCUCCCUUUCUCGCCCUUCGCCCCUCCCCCGCCCAUCCUCUCCCUCUGCUCCUCCCCCUCUCUCUCACACUACACCACACACUAUCUCGACCAACUUCUCCUCCUCUCCUCCCACCUCCUCUCCUCCCUCUCCUCCUCCUUUCAAGACUAUACCAACUCCCUCUCUCUCCACUUUCUCGGCUCUCCGUUCUUUCCGAUCGGGCAGCCGAAAAGCUCUCUGAUUGCUGGAUGGAGCUGGGGCAGGUGGGGAAAAGAAACCGGAGAUGGCAAAGCAAGUAUGAGAACAGGCGCUUGUCCUGCUGUCGUGCUGCUGCGACACCAACACGUGGGAGUGCGAGGAGGAAAAGGCGGAAAGGGAGGAAGAGGAGGAUGGGGAGCAAGGUGGGGAGAGUUAGGAGGAGAGGGGGUGAAGGGCGGGGGGAAUCAGAGGAGGGUGUCGCAGCAUGUGGCUGUGUUACGAAGGAAGGCAGGAGGGGGGAGGGCAGCAGGGAGAGGAACACGACGGAGUGAUGGGGGGGGAGGAGAUGACUGUCCGUUGAUGGGUGCAGGAGAGGUGUUUGAGUGGCUGUCAGAUCUCAUAGGAGGCAGCGAAUCACAUGAUCUCGUGCAUCCUCAGUUCCGAGCUCUCAAGCAGCAACCCCCCGCCCUGGCCCAUCCAAACACCUGGUGGGAUCACACUCUCUCUCCCUCCGCCUCUUCCUCCUCCUCCUCCUCCUCCUCCUCCUCCUCUAUACCCGCCUGGUUCCUCCCCUCCGCCCUCCUCUCCUUCCUCUGGCAAUCCUUCUAUGCCUGCAAGCACACUCUGGAGCUGCUUCUAGGGGAGCCGCUAGGGGAGGCUAUUUCAUCCCCGCUAUUGUCUGCCUUCAUAACGCUCGUUGUGAUCUACACUAUUGGCACGUGCUUAGGUGCUCCUUCCAGUGCACCCGCAACAGGACUGGGGGGGAUGGGAGUAACAGAGGAGGAGGAAGGGGAGGAGGAGGAAGAGGAGGAAGGGGAGGAAGAGGAAGAAGAGGAAGGAGCGGAGGAUGGGGAGGAGGAGGGAGAGGGAUGGGGAGUGGAUCAGCAGAAGGGGCGAUGGGUGGCCGCAUCCUUUGCAAAAGAACCAAGGCUUGUCUUUUCCUCUGUUGACUCGUCGAAACACCAGGCAUGGCUUUCCGUGCUCUCCCUCUUCUCCCCACGAGCUAAAGGAAGGAGAAUAAGUGAGGAUAAGGAGUUGAGCGGUGGAGAAGGGUACGGCGGUAGAGAAGAGAAUCGGGUGGAGAGAAGGGAGGAGAGAGGGAAGGAGCAGCAGGAGGAAGGAGAAGGAUGGGUGGAGGUGGAGAGUGAAGGGAGGGCAAGCAGAGAGAUUAAAGGGGUUGAAGGAAGAAGCGAUGUGCCUUGUUUGGGAACAGCAGCAGUGAUAGUGUGGCAUCCACAUAUAACCAAAGCUCAGUGCAUAGGCAACAUGCCCGAUGAUACUGUGAAAGUGCUUGUAACAAGAGUGGAGCGGCUCUUAGAUGGCUCGUUUGGUCCAUGGGUGCCGGCAUCUUGGCCUGCUCUAUCCUAG